AUGGCCGGCAUUCUAACAUGGAAGAGCCGCUUCGGCGGCGUCUUCGGAAACAAGCCCGGUCAAACAGACGGAUCUGAGGGCUCCGACGACGAGCAAGUCAAUAUUCCCAAAUGGAGCAUGGGAGUUCUCAACGACCCCAAAACCAUUGAAGUCCCUGGCUCCGUCCUUUUACUGGCUGCUCACCGAAAUGAGCCCCUGGGCUUGCGGAACGCGCCCGCGAGGACGUCUCACUCGUCUAUUCCCACGGGAUUCCCGGAGCCGCCUGAGACGCCUACUGGCCGCCGAUCACCAGCCCUCUCGGCCCCGCCAGCACCAACACCGGAGCCGUCGAAGAAGACCACCAAGGACGGCAUCAUCCUCAACCCGCAGCCCGAGGAAUCUGCCAAUGACCCUCUGAACUGGCCCGCCUGGCGACGUGACUGUGCCUUGUUGUCUCUCGGUUUCUACUGCAUGGUUGGCGGAGGCAUGACGCCCAUUCUCGCCGCUGGCUUCACCAACGUUGCCGAAGACUACCACAUCGAGACUGAGACCGUGUCUUUGACCACAGGUCUGUACAUGAUGGGCAUGGGUCUCGGCUCAGUCGUCUUUUCGCCCACGGCUAUUCUCUACGGAAAGAGGCCUGUAUAUCUCUUUAGUGCCGUCAUCUUCAUUGUUAGCUCCAUCUGGGCUGCUUUGUCCCCCAACUUCACCUCCCUCAUCCUUGCAAGAAUCUUCCAGGGGGUUGCAGUCAGCCCGGUUGAGUGUCUCCCCUCAGCAACAAUCGCUGAGAUUUUCUUCCUACACGAGCGUGCAUUUCGCAUCGGCAUCUACACCCUGCUGCUACUGGGUGGCAAGAAUUUGAUCCCCCUCAUCAGUGCCGUCAUCAUUCAAGGCCUGGACUGGCGAUGGGUGUUCUGGAUUGUGGCAAUGGUUGUUGCUCUUUGCGGUGUCCUCCUGUUCCUCUUCGUCCCUGAGACUUUCUGGGAUAGAACACCGGUCCCCAAGUCGAGGAAGCCGUCAAGAAGACCAAGCUUCCGUCAUCGCCUCUCUUCCCGUAACAAUGUUCCUCAGGUUUUGAAGAGUCCAGCCGUAUCAAGACCGAUCAGCCCUGCGCCACUGUCACCAUCUCACCCUCAUAAGGACCUUCACGUCGGCUUCGCCCCUGACCUGGCUUCGGAAUGCAAGGUCGACCCCGAGAAGCAGCCCGACUCUACCGACUCCCCGGCCCCGGAGCCACGCACCUCUGGCACCCUGAGCUCCGCUGCUCCCUCCGACUACUACGCUAAAGCCCCUGCCCUGGAAGCCGAAAAGCUGCCCUCUUCAAACCUCAACUCACCACCGAAAGCCCUCGCUUACACGCACACCCUCCGCCACCAACCCGCGCGCUCCUUUGGGGAGCAGCUCAAACCCUGGAAUGGCCGGCUCAACCACGACAAGUGGUUCAAGGUUAUGCUCCGCCCCUUUGUCCUCUUCGCCUACCCUGCUGUCCUCUGGUCGUCUGCCGUCUACUCCCUCUCCGUCGGUUGGCUCAUCGUCGUCUCUGAGUCCAUCGCUCUCAUCUACCGCAAUCGGGCCUCCUACAACUUUGACGCCUUGCAGACAGGCCUGGUCUACUUCUCUCCUUUUAUCGGGGGCAUUCUCGGUACUGCCGUUGCAGGCAAGGUUUCAGACGUCAUCGUGAAGGCAAUGGCGCGCCGAAACGGUGGUCUCUACGAGCCAGAGUUCCGUCUGGUCAUGGCCAUCCCCGUCCUCUUCACCACCGUCAUCGGUCUCAUGGGUUUCGGCUGGUCCGCGGAGGAGCGCGACCACUGGAUUGUGCCCACCGUCUUCUUUGGCCUUGUCUCCUUCGGGUGUACCCUCGGCUCAACGACGAGUAUCACCUUUUGCGUCGACAGCUACCGCCAGUACGCCGGCGAGGCCCUCGUUACGCUCAACUUUAGCAAGAAUAUCUUCCACGGGCUGGUCUUCAGUCUGUUCGUCACCCACUGGAUCACAGCCGAAGGGCCCAAGAGCGUCUUCAUCUGGCUCGGCGUGAUCCAGCUGAUCUUCUUGCUGGCUACGAUUCCCAUGUUCUUGUACGGCAAACGCGCGCGCAUGUGGACUGUGCGCAAGAACUUCAUGGAGAAGUUUUAG